CGCCUCUAAUUUACUAUUUUUUCACCUCUUAUUUUCCUCGUUCCAGAGAAUCUAGACUAGUCCCCGCUGCACGCAACGGUUACAUAAAACCCUACACCGAAUAGACAAACAGUAAACUGGGUUUAUCCCCCGCCAUAGCCCGUAACUCUCCCACCGAUGAAUCGAUACAACGUCGCACUUCAAUCUCCCGAUCUUUCACCGCCGUGUCGCCGCCUCCAGUGCCUGCAGCCCUAACUCAGCCGCGUAUUCGUUGGCUUUAUCGCUUCACAUGCGCGGAUUCAAUUCCUUGGGGUUUUCCCCCAACUCUCUGUUGCGUAAUUUCCUGAUUCGCCGGCAUUUUCAGGCGCCGGUAAGUGUAAAAUCGGCGUUUGAUCGACAAGUCCCGAGCGGAACCUACUCGAGUUGCUCGACAUUUCCACGAGCAUUGCUUCACCAAGUCCCGGGCGGAACCAACUCGAGUUACUCGACGUUUCGACGAGCAUUGCUUCACCGUGGCGACUUCUACAAUUGCAGUUAUGAUGAAAAGCAUGCUGAAUUACCAACCAUAAGAAUGCUGGAAAUGAAGCGUUUUAUUCAUGCCACAGGAUGUUGUUACUCCCCAAAACGUGAUUAUUAUGAAAUCCUUGGUGUUUCUAAAGAUGCAAGUCGAGAUGAGAUUAAGAAGGCUUUUCAUGCACUUGCUAAGAAGUACCACCCAGAUGCAAAUAAGAACAGUCCUUCUGCCAAGAGGAAGUUUCAAGAGAUAAGAGAUGCUUAUGAGACACUGCAAGAUGCCGACAUGAGAGCACAAUAUGACAGGGAGCGCUAUAGGAGUUCACAGGAUGUAAAGUACACUGCUAAUGAUGCAGAAGGGUUUCGAUAUGCUUCUAGUCCUCAAUUCUCUGGUUCAUUCCACAAAAUUUUCUCUGAGAUCUUCGAAAAUGAGGCGGAGAAUUUUGCAAGUGACAUUCAGGUGGAGCUAUCACUCUCAUUUUCUGAAGCUGCUAAGGGAUGCACCAAGCACCUGUCAUUUGAUGCAAGUGUUCCUUGUGAUUCUUGUGAUGGACUUGGUUACCCACUAAACGCCAAGGCCAGAAUUUGUCCGGCUUGUGAUGGCAUUGGUAAAGUUACCAUUCCUCCCUUCACCGCAACAUGCAGUACCUGUAAAGGAUCGGGACGGAUUAUUAAGGAAUACUGUAGGUCAUGCCGAGGAUCAGGGGUUGCUGAAGGAGUCAAGGAGGUUAAAGCUACAAUACCGGCAGGUGUGGAAACUGGGGAUACAAUCCGUGUUCCAAAAGCUGGUAAUGCCGGAAGACGAGGAACUCAACCUGGGAGCCUGCACAUAAAACUGAAGGUGGCUGAAGAUCCCAUUUUUGCUAGGGAUGGUGCAGAUGUUUAUGUCGAAUCUAACAUUACCUUUACACAAGCUAUUAUGGGUGGUAAGGUGGUGGUACCAUCAUUGUCCGGCAAAGAGGAAGUGAAGAUACCAAAGGGGGUUCAGCAUGGACAGCUUAUGAAGCUUAGGGGCAAAGGGUUGCCCAGACAUGGCUUUCUUGUAGAUCAUGGGGAUCAAUAUGUUCGUUUCCGCAUUAACUUUCCUACCGUGGUAAAUGAACGUCAACGUACUAUAUUAGAAGAGUUUGCAAAGGAGGAAAUUAAUCAUGAAAAUAGCGCAUCAAGUGAGGGACAUUGGCUUUAUCAGCAGCUGUCUACUGCUUGAACUUACAGGUGGCAGCAUAUUCUUGACCGUGUGAUGGGUCCAAAGUUUAUUGUCGAAUGCUCUUUGUUCGUAUUGAUCCUUCUGCUGCUCAACAAAAUCACGCGAUGAAAAACGUUUCCUGGGCACUUUUGAUGUUAAAUCUGCACCUGCCAUUAUGCUGGAAUCCUCAGCACAGGUUUCUUUUACAUCGAUGCAUUGACAUUGCUUUUCUGCAAAGAGACGAUUCUUCCAGACAUUGAAGGUACAAAAUUCAUACAUAUCUUGUCAUGCUUUCUCCCCAUUCAUUAGGACCGAUUUAAUACAAACUCAGAGUCUGUCCUACUUUUGUUUAGAGCAUAUAGUUUCUUACACGUGCAACAUAUAUCACAUGUACACAAAUGAUAUUUUUAUGGUAAAUAAAAUAAAAUUUCCUGACAUUCCAACUUGGAUGUCUGCUCUUUUAACAUGAUGGACUCAGUCCCUAUUUCAUUUUGUUGUUUUUCAAAAAUAUUGUGAAUUUUCUCCCCAACCUUAAAACUACACCAGUAUGGUUAAUACGGUCAAUGAUAACAAUUUGGUAUUCGAAGAAAUGUUUUCUAAAACAAGAUGUAAGGCUAUUCAGGCGAAGGAUGCUUUAUGAGACAUCAUUGGGCUACAAGAAAACAGUUUUUAAGAGGGUGAGUAUAGUUGAGAUGGAUGAGGGUUCAGUCCAAGAAGCAAACAACUAAUAGUGAAAACAUUGUGAAGUGGUGAGAGUAGGAUGAAUUGAAGACAAGUUGAGAGUGAACAUAGUAUGAUGGUUUUGUUAAUGUACAACACAGAUCGGUAGAUGCACUCCCAAUCAGCAACAGUAACCAAUUUCCCUGUAGCCUCGCCUCACGUAGAGCGUGCCAUUCACAAGACGAAUCGCUGUGUCUGGACAUCUGAGCACGAGUUUCCGGGUUCCAUAUAGUCAUCUUAGGUGUUAUCAAAAGACGAAGAAAAUAGA